AUGAAAGAAAUUGACAGUGACCUUAUCUAGAAGAACUCCUUCAGAAGAGUUUUGGGACUCAAUAAGAGUUUUCCUAAGUCAUUCAUAGUUGGAAGGUUAGAGUUUGACUUAAGUGAAAUUAGUAUAUUCGAAAAUAAAUCUAGAUAUCUUUGUUCAAAUAUCAUCUAGAUGGCUAUUCGCUUGAGGAUUUUACGUGGCUUCAUAACAUGUAACUUUACAAUCACUUCCUCUGGACAUUGUAGUAAAAUGAUCACUUGGGGAUUUCCAAUGGCGAGAUCUAAUGCUGAGUCAGUUGAGUAUUGAAUACAAAAUAGAAGGCAUGAAAUUACAGGCAUACUUUAAGAAAAGCCAUUAAUUCUAAAAAUUUAAACACAAUUGAAAUUGUAGAGAUAAAUGAAGAAAAUUAAGAAUCAAAGCCUUUGAAAAUUUAAAAGGCUAAGAUAUUAUUAAAUGAAG